AUGACCAUCGCACCUAAACCAACCAUUGUCUUUUCAAUCGGCUCCUGGCUCACGCCAGCAAGCUUUGACACUCUUCGCGCAAAGCUUUUGGAAAGAUUGAUUCCCACCGAAGCGCCUGCCCACCCGUCUGUGGGCGCUGAACCACCUACCAAGACCCUCACGGACGACAUUUCGUCUUUAAAAUCAGUCUUGACACGGUUAGUCGAGGAGAGUAAAGAUGUCAUUGUUGUAGGACACUCGUCUGGCGGUAUAUCUGCCUCGGGGGCGGUUGAGGGUCUACUGAAGACCGAUCGUGAAGCCGCUGGGAAGAAGGGCGGAGUCGUGAUGAUUGUCUUCAUGGCUGCUUUUGUUCUGGAUAAGGGACAGAGUCUUCUGGAUAUGCUGGGCGGGAAGUACUUGCCGUGGAUGGAUGUGCAGGGCAACUAUGUCCGCUGCAGCGCCGGCGCAGAAGCGGCAUUCCAUGAUUUAACACCAGAGGAGCAACAGAAGUGGUCCGCUGCGCUUCUGCAUACCUCGCGCGAACUGUUCUCGGGAGCUGCAACCUACGAGCCAUGGCAUCAAAUCCCGUCAGCGUAUAUUAUCACAGAGGAAGACCAUGCGCUGCCGGCUCAAUAUCAAGAGAUUAUGGCUGGGAAGUUGGCGACUCAAUUCAUGUACCGCCUGAAGAGCUCCCAUUCGCCAUUUUUGAGUAUCCCUGAUCGAUUAGCCGAGGUACUGCAGGAACUAGCCCGAACUACGGUCUCGAAAAUACAAUUUCUCUUCCAUCUUGGUUAA